AAAUUUUAAGGCGUCAAUAGGGGCGUAAAAUAAUCCGCCAUUUUGUCUCUGAGACAAAAUAAAUUUUUAUUUUAAUAGUUAAAGCUGUUUUUAUUCAACUGAUCCGUUGUCGAAAGUGAUAUUAGUAAAACUGUGCAGUGGAUUAAAAGUCUGUGAUAUUUUUGUGUACAACUAUUUUUGUUUACGUUACUACAAUCUUUACGUUAUUAGUUGACCGAUCUUGACGUCGAAAGAAGAACUACUAUAUAAAAUGGGUACAAGAGAGGACGAAUAUGAUUAUUUAUUUAAAGUGGUGUUGAUAGGUGACUCAGGGGUGGGGAAAAGCAGUCUUCUUUCACGGUUCACUAGAAAUGAAUUUAACUUAGAGUCAAAAUCAACAAUUGGAGUGGAGUUUGCAACAAGGAGUAUAGAGGUGGACGGAAAAACCAUAAAGGCACAGAUAUGGGACACUGCUGGCCAAGAGCGUUACCGCGCAAUCACGUCGGCGUACUACCGAGGCGCUGUGGGCGCUUUACUUGUGUAUGACAUCGCAAAACACUUGUCUUAUGAAAAUGUUGAACGGUGGCUGCGUGAGUUAAGGGAUCAUGCGGACCAGAAUAUUCUAAUCAUGCUUGUCGGGAACAAGAGUGAUCUGAGACAUCUUAGAUCUAUCCCAACAGAAGAGGCAAAGGCAUUUGCAGAAACAAAUGGUCUUAGUUUUAUCGAAACAUCGGCACUUGAUUCUACAAAUGUUGAACCGGCAUUCCAAAACAUUCUAACGGAGAUCUACCGGAUCGUGUCGCAGAAACAGAUGCGCGAUCCUCCGGAAGGUGACGUCAUCCGACCUGAUGCAGAACCGGCUGAUCUCCGGCCAUCUGCCGCAGACUCAGUGCGCAAACAGUGCUGCCAGUAGACAGGACUGUCAAUCAAGUGGAAGAAUGAAAGGAACUUUGCAAGAUCAUUCCCGAAAUAAGUUGCCAGACAUGGUACACCCACAAAGCUCUAGACAAGUUCCUUAUUAUUAGUGAGUUGCUGAAAUAAUUCCAAUAUCCUCUUUUUUGCCACAAAUGUAUUACCAUUAUAACAACUUAAAGAAGGUUCCGUGUAACCAAUGUAAGGUUUAUUAACUAUGUUAUUGGCUUCAAAUUACUUCUAGCUAGAAACUUAGACACAAAUUAUGUGUUUGUUUUUAUUUUUUAUUAUUUUUAUAUAUUUUAUCUUGUGGCAAUUGAGUGAUCUUCAUAUAUAUCUUGGCGUUUUUCUAUAAAAAGGCACUUGACUAGAUGCGUUAAGCUGGCAACCCAGUGCGAGCUCAUGUAGAUAGCUUUCUGUAAUUUAGUGUCGAAAAAUUCAACCUAAAAAAAUUACCAGGUGAAACUUUAACAUUUCAAAUGGUAAUUGCCUAGCCAAGACGUCAAAAAUAUUUUGUCCCUUCUCAUUUGGAAUUUAAUGGGAUUUCUCUAUAAUAGUAAAUUGAAAUGAAAUACUAAAAAAAAAAUAUCAAUACAAAAGUCUUCAAGAACUUGACAGAGAAUAGAAUGGCGUCUUGACGAGGUUCUAGUUUCACUGAAAAAUGUGAAAAGUGUGUAAACGCAAUGCACUUCGGUAUUUCAUUGUCGCUUUAACAACCUAAGCGGUUGUCAAAUUUAAGUUUCUUUUAUUUCUGGUGAGUUUAUUGCCGUUAUUCUAAUAAAAUCGGUUAUCUUUUGCAUGGUAACCCUAAUUUAUUAGGGUUAUCACAAACUCCUAAAAACGGUGUAGUAGAUAAUUGAUAUUGUAUUUAUUUAGUUAAUAAAUCUAUGUAACAUCGAGUAUUCGUUCGUACGGAGAUACUGAGCAAUAAUUUGGGCUGAUAUAAAUAGCACACAAUAGCUUCAUAAUCUGAUUGUUCGCCACGGUUAUGUGUAAAUUAUAAUGUUAAGUUAAUAGUUAAAAGUUAUGUAAUCGGGAUGUGUAUAAUAAACCGCGAUUGCAAAAGACCUUUGUUUUAUUUAUAAAGUCAACAAAAGCUAUGAAAGCCCUAACGACGGAAAUGUAUAGGAUUGAUUAUUUUCAUGAUUUUAUAUGGUCUAUAAUAUACACAAAACCGAUUAGCUAGUAGUAUUGUACUAAGAGAAAUGUUAGCUUUUUUAAUGAUCAUUUAGUUAUUGAUAUGUGCCUUUUGUGGUCAGUAAGACUUAUUUAUUGGCUUUUUUUUUCAUUGUUGACAGCACUUUACAUUUUAUGUUAUGAAUGGAAUGUUACUUUCAAUUUGCCAAAUAAAUUUUAAAUUAAUAAAAUUUCAUUUUUAAAUAUAACACAGCUGUAAGGAAGUUUUUUUUAUAUUAAAUGUUAGCAGCUUUAUAAUAAAGUUUCGAUCCCAUUCGUCUACAAUUUAUUUCACAUACUUUUUUCAGAAUUGAAAGUAUUAUUCCUAUGCCAUAUUUCAGGGUGUUGCAAUAGUGUCGUUGUGUUGCCAUCUCAAUACUCAGCGUUAUGGUGUUGCCAUAUUGGUCUGUUACAACGGCACAAGCUUUGAAGAUGUAUUAAAAUAUCUACAUAUGCAUGGUUAUUUUUAGUGCCUAUCUGUAAUUACUUUAUUAAAGACAAUUAUAAUAAAUAAUGUAAAUGUC